GGUUUGGAUGCAGGCAUGUUUGGGGAGAUCCUGAGUUACGUUUACUCGGGAACCCUCCAUGUGUCCCUGGACAAAGUGCAGCCCCUGUACCAGGCAGCCGACCUCCUCCAACUGGACUAUGUGAGAGACACUUGCAGCAACUACAUGGCCAUGAACGUGGAGCGCUCCACCUGUGUGGACCUGUACAAGUUUGCUGAUGUCUACUCUGUAGACAUUGUCCGUAAAGCUUGUCUGCUGGGGAUUGCGAGCCAAUUUACUGAGUUUUCCUUUACCAUCGAGUUUUGCAGCCUGACUGUGAAUCAGCUGACUGAGAUCAUCAGCCACGAUGAGCUGGAUGUUAAAGAGGAGACAGCAGUGUGGGAGGCUGUGGUGAGAUGGGUGCAGCACAGCAGAGAGAACAGACUGCCCAACCUGCCCAGCAUCCUCCCUCACAUCCGUUUCAACCUGCUGACCUUAGGCGACAGGGCAGCCAUCUUGGAACACCCUCUGGUCAGGGAGGAUCCUGGGAGUUCUGAGGUCAUCAGUAAUGUGGUACAGAAAGGAAACCCCGAUCUGAAACCGAGGCUUGGGAUGUUCACGGAAAUGGCCCUGCUGCCCAAUCAGGCCAGUGGUGCCAAUGACGUCAUCUUCAUAAACCCCCUGGAAAGGAAGUACAUCAGCUGUAGUUACAGGAAUGAAGACCUUCCUGAUUCCACAGCCAUGACAGUCACCAGCGAUAACAACAUCUACGUCCUGACUCGUGAGCAAGAGAGUAACAAUAAGUUGUCCAUGUUUAAGUACAACCAUGCGGGAAAUGUGUGGGAAGAUGCUGGUAUGUCCUCAAUAUCUAUGGAAUAUUCGAGAUACAACAGAAAGUACCUUAUUGGAGUUAAUGGGAUUUUAUGCUGUCUUUUUGUUGAUGUAUCCGAAGGCGAUAUAAGGAUGAUAAAGUACAACCAGGGCAUGGACCAGUGGCAGGAGUGUUCACAGCAAAUUGACAUUACUGAAUACUACGACUACUAUGUAGCAUUGUCCUGUGGCUCAUUCCUAUAUUUCCUCACGAGCUCGGAACUGCAUCGAUACGACCCAAGCCAGGACCGUUGGAGCAAGCGGACCUCACCAGGGUACAUUCCUGAAGUCUGUACUGCCGUUGCCAUGGGAACAGAGAUUUUCUGCACAGACAUGAACUUAACUCAGACCAUGGUGUACGACACAGAGUUAGACUGCUGGCAGAAACUGCAAGGCUGGCCGAACCCAGGAAACUUUGAUAUUGAUAAUGUUCCCAGUCUCUUCGCAAUGGGGAACCAACUGCACAUCUUCUUAACCUGCUGUAGUGACUCCCAAGAAGGAUUCAUCAAUCUAGUAUAUGUGUAUGACAGGUCUGCUGAUACCUGGACAGACAUGAGGGCAACCCUGCCUAAUACGGAGUAUUUUACGUAUGGUUUUCAUUGCCCUGUGGCACGUAUAUACCUGUCAUAUCUUAGGGGGGCAUAAAACAUAAUUCCUGACGCUUUUGUCGUUAGGUAAAGGAUGCAUAGAGUGCCCGGCAGGGUAGAUCGAUAACAUUUUGUUCAGAUCACGGGUUUUGCUGAAAGUCUCAACUAUGGGAUUUAUAUUGUAGUGGUAGAUUUAUAGACAUGUUUCCAUCUUUUUUUGUAUUGGUCUUAAAACCUAACAGCAGAAAUACAUACACUGGCUAAAA